UACUGGAAUUGGGAGUCUUGAAGAGACGAAACAAUCGAUUGAUGGGAUAGAGAGGAUCUUCCAACUAUUGAAUUGUAGCGACACAGAGAAGAUAACCCUGGCAAAGUACCAAUUGGAAGAAAACGCCAAACAUUGGUGGAGGGCUUCUAGAGACACAAUCUUCCCAUUUGGUACUGCAAUAACAUGGGAUGAUUUUGUCAGGGCUUUCAACAUAAAGCAAUUUUUUUUAUUGUGCUAAGGAUAAGAAAAUAACAGAAUUUGUCCAACUGGAACAAAUUUUUGAAAGGCCUAAGAACGGACAUCAAGAGGCAACUGGUGCCUUUGAAUAUAAGUGAUUAUAAUGAAAUUUAUGAAUGGGCCCAACUUGUGAAAUAAGAAGUAAUAAGAGAACAAUUGGAAAGCAAGGAACAAAUAGAAUCAGGGCAACAAAUGACACUAAGUGACACUCGACAUGGUAAAAGACCCUAUCCAACCCAAGAGCUACCUUGGGAUCCUAAGAAGAAGCAGAAUUUUGAAAAUUAUGGAAGGACCAAGAAUGGUCACGCCACAGGUAAAUUGCCAUUUCAAAAUAAUCCCUGUCGAAGGUGUGGUAAACAAAAUGAGCUAGGACCUUGCCCAGAUGACCAGAAGUGUUUUGAACGUGUGCAAAAGGGUCACUUUAGGAGGGACUGUCCCUAAGGAGGACCGCAAUUGAACGUUGAUCUGGCGUAACAUAUGCAACAACGUGCAAGCGGACCACCUCCACAAGGAAAUCCACAAAGGCCGCCAACAUAAGGACGGGUGUAUGCGGUCACCCAAGAAGAAGCGAAAGCUUCCAAAGACGUUAUCUCAGAAGUUCGUUAAAAUCGCUGAGCAAGAAACAGCAGAGUCACUUCAACAACUCCUCCGGUGAGAACAACAAUGAUGAAUGAGUUGGACAAGAUCAGCGAGUUACCAGGGCACAUAAUGGACCAAAUCCUGUCGCGCUUGCCGAUUAAAGACGCAGUGAGGACUAGUAUUUUGUCAAGAAAGUGGAGGUACAAAUGGUCCUCUGUUCCACAACUUGUGUUUGACGACCAGUGUACCAGCACCGGGGGAGUUCCAAUACAGACGAUAAUUGACAAGGUUCUCUUGCUUCAUACUGGCCCAAUACAGAAGUUCAUGCUCUCCCAUCAAGGAAUGUGCGCCUCGAGUGACAUUGACCACUGGAUUCUUCAUCUAUGCAGAGUCUCCGUCAAUGAAAUCAUACUUGACAUCUGGCAAGGGCAAUAUUACAAGAUUCCCACCUCCUUAUUCAAGUGCCAGGACUUGAUUCAUUUGGAACUGUACAGAUGUUUGGUGAAAAUCCCAUCGACGUUUGAAGGAUUCAAGAUCUUGGAAAGUUUGGAUCUUCAAGUUGUUGAGCUGUCUCCAGACGAGCUUGAGGCUUUGAUUUCUCGCUGCCCCCUACUAAAACGUUUGACGUUGAGGGGCUUGGACGGUAUUAAGCAAAUUAAUGUCGAAGUUGGCAACCUCGAGUGGCUUGAAGUUGAAGGAGCUUUACAGGAUGUCGCUUUCGGUGUUAUGAACCGUUUGAAGUCGGUCAAAAUAGAUUUCUCUGAUAAUAUUGGUGACAAAUGUGGACCCGGCGAUGCCAACUCCACCAAUUUGCACAAACUCUUUCAAAAUUUGCCCAAAAUUGAGACUCUCGAAUUUGAAAAUUACUCACUCAAGUAUUUGGCUAUUGGAAAUGUUCCACAGACACCACCUAAUGACCUCAUUCAUUUGAAGUACCUCUUCUCAUGCAUAGACUUCAAUAGUACGGAGGAGAUUUUGACUGUUAUGUGCUUGAUCAGAAGCUCUCCUAAGUUGAAACAUGUAGACUUUCGGCCACAGAAUCGUGCCAAGGAUCAACAGACUUCAACAAUUGGGACAAUGGCCGACUUUUGGGAAGAUCACCGUGCGAGUUGCUUGGAACAGGUACAAGUUAUAUCGAUGGAUGGGUUUUCUGGCAGUGAGCCAGAGCUGGAAUUUAUAAAGUUUCUGCUUACUAGCUCGCCGAACCUACAAAAGAUGACGAUCCGGCCUGAAUCCACGAGUGGAGAAGGCAAGUUGCUGAGGGAGUUGCUGCGGUCCCGGCGAGCCUCAACGCAAGCGGAGGUGAUCUUUAUCUGAUUCUGUCGAUCCGGAAGCCAACCCUCGUUAAGAUUGAAUCCCACACGGGAGUAACAAUCACUGCAAUUGUUUUGCUAUGCUGUGUUGAACUUGAAAAUAUCAUUAGACAAUUUUUUUUCGUAUUACUAAGAAAAAUGAAAAUUUUCUUUGUUCAUCUUGUGUUAGCCUCUCAUAAGGACAUUCAUUCUCAUCCAAUAUAUAGUCAUAUUUGGAAGCAA